AGUGUAAAUGGAGACAUGACACAGUUGUUUGGGAAUUAUAAGAAACAAUAUAGUGUACAUCCACUGAAUUCAAAACUGCUGAAGUGAUAUUUAAAUAGUCACUUGAACUCAGGCUCGGUGCAGUCGCUGGCAGCGAUGGAGGCGGUCCCCCGUAUGCCAAUGAUCUGGCUGGAUCUGAAAGAGGCAGGGGAGUUUGAGUUCAGCCCGUCCGUGAGGCAGUUCAUCCUGAAGAACUAUGGGGAGAAUCCAGACAGCUAUAAUGAACAGCUGAAGAAGCUGGAGACACUGAGACAGGGUGCGGUGAAUGUGACACGGGACUUUGAGGGCUGCAGCAUUUUGAGGAAGUACUUUGGGCAGCUGCACUACCUCCAGAGCCGUGUGCCUCUGGGGCCUGGGCAGGAAGCAGCAGUACCCAUCUCAUGGACAGAAAUAUUUUCUGGAAAAACAGUCACUCAUGAUGACAUCAGCUAUGAGCAAGCCUGCAUCCUCUACAACCUGGGUGCUCUCCACUCCAUGUUGGGAGCCAUGGAUAACAGGGUGUCUGAAGAGGGGAUGAAGGUGUCAUGUACACACUUCCAGUGCUCCGCGGGGGCCUUCUCCUACCUGAGGGACCACUUCAGCCACAACUUCAGCGUGGACAUGAGUCACCAGAUCCUUAACCUCAACAUCAACCUCAUGCUGGGUCAGGCUCAAGAGUGUCUCCUGGAGAAGUCCAUGCUGGACAACAGGAAGAGUUUCCUUGUAGCCCGCAUCAGUGCUCAGGUGGUGGACUACUAUAAGGAGGCAUGCAGGGCUCUGGAGAACUCUGACACAGCUUCCAUGCUGGGUAAAAUCCAGAAGGACUGGAAGAAACUGGUGCAAAUGAAGAUCUCCUACUUUGCUUCCAUCGCCCAUCUGCAUAUGGGGAAGCAGGCUGAGGAACAACAGAAAUAUGGAGAGCGGCUGGCUUACCUGCAGAGCUCAUUAGACAAACUCAGUGAAGCCAUCAAGUUGGCCAAGGGUCAGCCAGACAGCGUGCAGGAGGCCUUGAAGUUCACCAUGGACGUGAUAGGGGGAAAGUUCAACUCUGCCAAGAAAGACAAUGACUUCAUUUACCAUGAGACUGUCCCCUCGUUGGAGACUCUUGCUUCCGUCAAAGGUGCCCCCUUGGUGAAGGCCUUGCCCGUGAACCCAACUGAUCCCAGUGUCACAGGACCAGACCUGUUUGCCAAGCUGGUGCCCAUGGCUGCCCACGAGGCCUCCUCUCUCUACAGUGAGGAGAAGGCCAAGUUGCUACGGGACAUCAUGGCCAAGAUAGACAGCAGGAAUGAGACUCUAGAGCAGUUUAUGGACUCUCUGGGUCUGGAGCCAGACUCCGUAGAUAACCUGGACAUGUACAGUCACAUCCCCCCCGUACUUAUGGAGAAGUGUGCUGCGCUCAGUGUCAGACCAGACACCGUCAAGAGCCUCGUUCAGUCCAUGCAGGUCCUGUCUGGUGUGUUCACGGACGUGGAGGCGUCUCUGAGGGAGAUCCGGGACGUGCUGGAGGAGGACGAGGCCGGGGUGCGGGCGCUGCAAGAGGCGGCAGGAAGAGGCUCUGCGGCGGAGCUGCACCCCCAGGCACAUGCCCAGACCCUGGCUGAGAUCCGCAGGGACCUGGAGAAGUACAUGGAGGCCCAUGAGAAGGCCAGCUUCACCAACACAGAGCUGCACAGAGCCAUGAACCUGCACAUCAGUAACCUGAGGCUGCUGGGGGGACCACUGGAUGCCCUGAGAGACGCCCUGCCGAGGCCACAACUCAACCAGGAGGAGGUGGCAGGGCUGCAGUGCAUGAAGAGGAUCCUGGGUAAGGUGCAGGAGAUGAGGGACCAGAGGAGCACCCUAGAGAAACAGCUGCGUGACCUCAUCCAGCAGGACGACAUCACUUCCUCCCUGGUCACUACCGAGCGCACUGACAUGAAGAGGUUGUUUGAGGAGCAGUUGAAGAAGUAUGAGCAGGUGAAGGUGUACAUCGACCAGAACCUGUCUGCCCAGGAGAACAUCCUCAAGGCUCUGACGGAAGCCAACGUGCAAAACGCCUCGGUCCGCAAGGGUCUCGUCGAGACGGAACACAAGUGGAACGGCACGGUGCAGACCCUGGUGGCGUCCUACGAGGCUUACGAGGACCUGAUGAAGAAGUCCCAGGAGGGGAAGGAGUUCUACGAGGACCUGGAGACCAAGUCCUCCCGCCUGCUGGAGAGAGCUAAGACUCUGUGUCAGGCCAGGGAGGAGGAGAGGAAGGCCGUGCUGGACAGCGAGACCCAGAAGAAUCCCCCUUCUCGGCCCACUGCAGCCAAACCGUCCCUGGGGUCCAAGGGGGGCUCUGACGUGGACUCUGCCUGUUCUAGUUUGGAGGAUGCCGAGCUAGCCCAGAUCAACGCUGCUAUACUCAGCCUGGGAAGAGACCUGCCUGACGAGCUCCGUAGUCUACCCCCCGACCACCCCUCCCUGCACUCUGCCAUUCGCCCGGGACCUGAGGCUUUCCUUCCUGGUGCCAACCUGGGUGGCAAUGCUUUAUUACCCUGGCCAGGGGCGCCUGGGCCACCGCUCUAUACCCCUCAGUUCCCACCAAACCAUCGCCCGCCCCAGUUCCCCGGCCCACUCUCCACCCAGCGUUUCCCUCGCGGACCCUUCACUCAGCUACCCCCCCAGCAGACCCCUGUUUCUGGCUAUGCCCCUCCCCAGCCGCAAGCCCCCCAAACUGGGGGAGUCGGGCCUGCCCGUGCCCCUUUCCGUCCCUCCACUACUACAGUAGAUAGUAUCCAGACCCCCAUCCCCAGUUAUAACUCAGCCCCACGCCACCCUGUACCACCUACUGUCUCUGCAGGCUACGCUGUUCCCCACAGAUGGGUGUGUACCCACAGUACACUGCCCCCUGGCUACCAGUCUGCCCCCAGGGCCAUGCCCGGUCCCCGACCCCCUCCCCAGGCACAGCGGGGUUAUCCACAGUACAUUCCCCCCCAGCACCAGCCCCGGCCACCCAUGCCCCCCCAGUAUCAGCAGCCAUAUCCUGGUCAGCCCCAGCCACAACCCCAACAUGGCUACCAGCCCCAGUUACCACAGGGCUAUCAGCCUCAACACCCUCAGCAGGGCUACCUGCCCCAACAGCCCCCACACAUGAUCCCAAGGGGCCCUCACCCACAGAUGCCCACCACUUCCCAGCCCAUGCCCCCUGUCUCCCAACCAUACAUGCAACCUGCCAACCAACAGAUGCCCCUGCACCCUCAUCAGCAGAUGCUACCUCCCCAACAACAACAAAUGCAUCCCAACACCCAGCAAAUGCACCCGCAUCCACAAAUGCACCCUGGCCCUCAUCAGCAGAUACCCCCUAACAGCCAGCCAAUGCCCCCAGUUUCCCAGGCUUACCUGCCCCCCACCAGCCAGCCCAUGCCCCCUGGCCUGCACCAGCCCAUGCCCCCUGCUUCCCAGCCCCAACAUGUCCACCUCCCUCAGGCUUACCUGCCCAGGGGCCCCCUCCCACCUCAGGGGCCCCAAAUGCCCCACCCUGGUCAACCCCCCCAACAUGUCUACCAGCCCCAAGUACCACAGGGCUACCAACCUCCUAUAAUGCCUCAAUCAGCCCCCCAACAGUCCCAGGCUCCCCAGCCUGUAGCCCCCAUGACCCCCACCAUGUACUCUACUCCUCCAGGUGUGAACGGCUCUCCUGGAGCCCCACCACAGCCCACCUUUAUGGGCCAACCUCGGCCCCCUCCCCAGCACAUGAUUCCACCAACUGCUGGAGCUCCUCCAGUGGCUCUCCCACAUAAUGUCAUCCUUCCCUCGCCCUCCCCUUCUCCCUCCCCGGGCCCCUCUUCCCUAGGCCUGGCUCCUCAGAGGCCCUCCCCGGCCCCCACCCCUGGCGGUCCACCCUCUCUCCCUUCCUCCUCAUCCCCCUCCACCUCCCUCUUCCCGCGACAGAACUCCUCCAGAACAGACGACCUGCUCUCCUCCAGCCCAGAGAGCCAGCCCGGUGGCCCCAAAGCCCCCGCCAACGUCCUCCAACCCACCAAGGCUGACCCUCAGGACGGGGAGCGCCGCAAGAAGAGCUCCCAGGGCGUCCGGCUGAUCCAGGGCGACCCGUACCAAGCCCCCGAACGCGUAGCUCGCCUCUGCAGCGAACUCGAACGCUUCCGGUCGGCCGUGGAGUCUCUUGAGCGCCCGUCCGUGGACGAAGGUGGCCUGUCGCCGCUGGAUGCCCGCUGGAAGGAGCUCCAGGAGGGGCAGGAGAGGGACGCCAGGCAGCUGUCCAUCGCCAUCGCCCGCUGCUACACCAUGAAGAACCGUCACCAGGACGUGAUGCCCUACGACUGUAACCGCGUGCUGCUGCGCUCUGGCAAGGACGACUACAUCAACGGCAGCUUUGUGGAGGAGCUGUCGCCCUACUGCCCGCGCCUCAUCGCCACGCAGGCGCCGCUGUCGGGCACGGCCGCCGACUUCUGGCUCAUGGUGUGGGAGCAGAAGGUUUCACUGGUGGUCAUGCUGGUCUCAGAGCAGGAGUUAGAUAAGGGAAAGGUUUUGUGCUAUUUCCCGACAGAACGCGGCCAGCAGCUUGCUCAGGGACCAAUCACAGUCACCCUGACUACGCAGAAGACCACACCCACCCACGUGGAGCGAAUGAUUGGCCUGCAAUACCGUGACCAGAGCCUGAAACGCACCGUCAUACACCUACAGUUCACCUCCUGGCCUGAGCUGGGUCUUCCUGAGAGCAAGAGCAAUCUCAUCUGCUUCAUCCAGGAGGUUCAUGGAUACUACCUGCACCAGAGGCCCUUACACACACCUAUUGUUGUGCACUGCAGCUCUGGCGUGGGGCGUACCGGCGCCCUCUGUCUGCUGUAUGCAGCGGUACAGGAGCUGGAGGCAGGGAACAGCAUCCCUGACCUACCUCUACUGGUCAAGAAGAUGAGGCAGCAGAGGAAGAACAUGUUGCAGGAGAAGCUGCACCUGAAGUUCUGUUACGAGGCGGUGCUGAAACACGCUGAGCAGGUCCUCCAGAGACACGGCUACCUCCCUACUGCCCCCUGCAGCAAGACACCCAGCACUGCUGCCACCAAGCCUUACUCUCGCCAGGAGUCCCAACAGGACAUCGUUCUGGGAGGUGACAUGACCAUCAGCUCCAUUCAGGCCACCAUCGCCAAACUCAGCAUCCGGCCCCCCAGUGCCACUGACCCAGCCAUGGACCCUGUCCCUGACAUUGGUGCCCCCUCUGGCCUAGAGGACCAACCCUUCACCGGCCUGCCCUUGGAUAGAGAGCGAGAGCCAGCCGCCACCCCCGCCCGGGACCCCUCUCCCAGCGGAACCCAACCCUCCUCCCUCAGUCCCCCACUCUCCACCCCAGAGGAGGUUCAGUCCCCACCACCCAAUGGUGUGGAUACCACCGCCCCUUCCUCGCCCCCCACAGCCAAUAACCAGGUGACCCCUGAUCCAGCCCCUUCCUCUGGCCCGGCCCUGAACUCUCUGGAGCUGCUGGCCUCUCUGACGGCCGAGGCCUUCUCCAUGGAGGGUGGUGGGUGCAAGGGGAAGCACCGUGUCACUAAGCAGAGCUUCCUGCAGCCUGCCGAGGGCCUCCACCAGGGGCCCCGCGAGGAGGAGGGAGACGACCCCCUGAGCAACCUCGACCCCCUCUGGAGCCUCAAGAACUGAAACACAGCCCCCGAUGCCCUCGCUCUCACUUCAUAGCUGUGUCAAACUGACCUGUAGCCUUUAGUACUAGUUCUUCUUGAUUCUCUGCUAAUGAACCAAAAUUACUAGAAUGGUGGAAACUCCAAGAUUCACAACUAGAAGUUAUUAGUGGUAGGGGUUGGUUUGAACCUGGUUUUGAACGCUUUAGGGACACUUCAGGGGUCCUACAUUCCGUCACUAGUGGCCUGGCUGUGCUUCUGGGACCGAAUCACUGCACUUUUCUUUCCCUGUCUUUCUACCUGUACCAGAUGGGUCUGUUCUUCACUCGCUGCUUCAGAGCUGGCCACUCAGCAUCCCAGCAUGCACUCCUAGCAGCAGUGUCUAUGGUUCCCUCUUACAGCUGGUCGCUCUGGGCAAGGGGUUGGCGUGGACUCAGAGGAUAGUGACUGAUAGGAUUGCCAAAGGGUGGGGGAGGAGCUUGCAGAUGCAGGCUCUCGUUAUGUUAACCGCAUACAUAGAGCAGAAUCAGCACGUCUUAACAAUAUUUUUUUUCUUGUCUUUCAUUAACACUGUAAAUAUAUCUUGAAUAAAUUUAGGUUGGCAUGG